ACAUUACAUAAACAACAGCAGCCAUCGGAGCAGGAGUAUACUACUGGACUGAAACGGAUGAUGGGGUCUCGCGCUCGCAUCGUCUCCCUCCUCCUCCUCGCCUUCCUCUUCGCGCGCGCCGCCGAGCCGAUCGCGGCCGCCGCCGCGCCCGCCGGCAGCAGGCACCUUACGCAGGACGAGCGGUGGAUGAACCAGCGCCUCGACCACUUCUCCCCCACUGACCACCGGCAAUUCAAGCAGCGCUACUUCGAGUUCCUCGACUACCACCGCGCCCCCAGCGGCCCGGUCUUCCUGCGCAUCUGCGGCGAGUCCGCCUGCGACGGCAUCCCCAACGACUACCUGGCCGUGCUCGCCAAGAAGUUCGGCGCCGCGGUGGUGACGCCGGAACACCGGUACUACGGGAAGAGCUCUCCCUUCAAGCAGCUCACCACCGAGAACCUGAGGUUCCUGUCGUCGAAGCAGGCCCUGUUCGACUUGGCCGUCUUCCGGCAGUACUAUCAGGAAUCUUUGAAUGCCCGGUACAAUCGAUCAUCAGGGUUCGACAAUCCCUGGUUCGUCAUCGGGAUCUCCUAUGCUGGCGCUCUCAGCGCCUGGUUCAGGCUCAAGUUCCCCCAUUUGACAUGUGGGAGCCUCGCGAGCUCAGGGGUGGUUCUUGCAGUGUACAACUACACCGAUUUUGACAAGCAGGUUGGAGAGUCAGCUGGCCCUCAGUGCAAAGCUAUCCUUCAGGAAAUAACUGAACUUGUUGAUGAACAGCUCCGGUUGGACAGUCACUCGGUGAAGACUCUGUUUGGAGCACAGACGUUGAAAAAUGAUGGUGACUUCCUCUUCUUCCUGGCAGAUGCCGCAGCUAUAACAUUCCAAUAUGGGAAUCCAGAUGCCUUGUGCCCUCAGCUAAUAAAGGCAAAGAAGAACAGGAAAAACUUGGUGGAAGCAUAUGCGCAGUUUGUGAAAGGUUUUUACAUUAAAGAAAUGGAGACACCACCAUCUUCGUAUGAUCGAGAAUAUUUGAAGGAAACAACUCCAGAGGAUUCUAGUACUAGACUCUGGUGGUUCCAAGUUUGCAGUGAGGUCGCCUACUUUCAAGUGGCGCCCAAAAAUGAUAGCGUUCGUUCUGCAAGGGUCAAUACGAAGUACCAUUUGGACCUAUGCAGAUAUGUUUUUGGGGAAGGCGUUUAUCCGGAUGUGUUCAUGACGAACUUGUAUUAUGGAGGCACAGGAAUUGCUGCUUCUAAAAUUGUGUUUACAAAUGGCUCCCAAGAUCCGUGGCGUCAUGCCUCCAAGCAGAAAUCAUCGAAAGACAUGCCAUCGUACCUAAUGAAAUGCAGAAAUUGCGGACAUGGAACUGAUUUGAGGGGAUGUCCGCAAUGGCCUUUCAGGACUGAAGGGGACUCUUCAAACUGCUCAUCUCCAGUAGCAGUCAGUACAGUAAGGCAGAGGAUCGCCAAGCACAUUGACCUGUGGCUGAAGCAAUGCAAUAAGCCAUCAGUAGGGGCCUUGUAACCGUGGGUUAGUGGUUGUUCCACUGGGAAAGAUUGGAAAGAUUUGGAUGUCCUGGAGUAAGAUUGUGUUGGGAAAUACUCCGUACAUAACUACCUCGGACUACGGCUAUGUGCAUUUUCGAAAGCAGGUGUUUCCUAGGUGGUGGAAUAAAACAAUAACACAGCUUGGCAGCUUCGAUAUCAUGCAUAUGGCCGAUUUUGGAAUGCAGAUGACAGGACACAUAGGAUCUACUAGUUCGUAGUUCGGACAAGUUGUGAGUAAGGAUGAAAACAAAAACGAAAAUCCCCGACCGAAUUGCUUCGUUUUC